AUGAACCCAGACGAUUGCGUUUCAAUGGAAGAGCUCGCCACGUCGUUUCCUCUGAAGUUAUCGCUCAUCUUGAAUUUGUCGAUAAUCCCAAUUGCAUUUCCACUGCAAAUCGCAGCAUUGAUUUAUAUAAUCAAGAAGAAAUUAUUUCACCACAACACCAGAAUUCAAGUGAUUCUUCAUUUGUUUGCAUUGCUCAUUCACACAACUGCAAGUGGUCCAGUUGCCGACGAAAUUGUCAAAAUCGGCCAGAAGUAUAAGGAGAAAUUUCUCGCCAUCAAGGAUGACCAUGAUGCUAUAAAGGCAUUGUUCGGAGAGAUUCAGAAGGACAUUGGAGCGUACAUUGAGAAGCAAUCGAAAGAAGAACAAAAUGCUUACAAGGCGUUUAUUGAGAAAAAGAAGGCCGAGCUGGGAAUCAUGGAAUGA